UAAUUAGUAUUAGUGGAUAAACAAACAAAAAAAAAUUUAUGAAUCCCCUACACGUUAUUCCGGGAGAAUUCUCGACAUUCACCAUAGCGAUCGCUAUUCUUAGUGGUUUUAUUGUGUUUUUUGGCUAUGUCUCCAUGUUUAUAAAAGAAAGAUGCUUUUUAUCUGAAGCAUUUGUCGCACUUGUCUGAUGAGAUUACCAAAGAAUUAACUAGAUGUAUUCUUGCUAUUCAAGUGAUGGCCGUCGGUAUUGAUCUUCCCAAACACUACAUGAAAAAAGAAUGGCUUACCAUGCUGAUGUUACUACUUCCUGUCAUGAUCUUCAUGUGGCUCGUGAGCGGAUUGUUUAUUUGGUGGUUAGUUCCACCAAUCGACUACCUUCAUUCACUUGUGAUUGCUGCCUGUGUUUGUCCAACGGAUCCCAUUUUAGCAAAUUCAGUGGUGAAAGGCCGAUUCGCCGAAAAGCAUGUGCCAGCUCAUAUCCGUAAUGCAUUGUCUGCGGAAAGUGGUGCCAAUGAUGGUAUGGGAUUCCCAUUUCUCUUCCUGGCAUUAUUCUUGAUCAGUGAACCUCAAGUGGGUACUGCCAUUGGAAAAUGGAUUUAUAUCACCCUUUUAUUUCAAAUUGUCCUAUCUUGUGUCAUUGGCCUUGCCGUAGGUUGGGUUGCUCGAAAGAUCCUGCAAUGGUCUGAAAGAAAUCAUUUAAUUGAUAAACCUUCAUUUUUGUGUUUCGCAAUUGCUUUAGCCUUAUUCUUGAUGAGUAUGACGGGUUUCUCGGGUAGUGAUGACUUGUUAGCUUGUUUCGUGGCAGGUAAUGCCUUUUCUUGGGAUGAUUGGUUCCGACAAGAAACAGAAGAAGCGCAUUUCCAAGAUGUGAUUGAUAUGAUGUUGAAUUUAGCGGUCUUUGUCUAUAUUGGCGCCAUCAUUCCGUGGAGUGAUUUUGGAAAUGCAGAGCUGGGAUUGACUCCUUGGCGAUUAGUGGUGAUAGCGAUUUUGAUCCUCGUAUUUCGACGAUUGCCGAUUUUGAUUAUAUUGAAACCGGUGAUGCCAGCACUCAAAACCUACCGUGAAGCUAUUUUUAGUGGCUGGUUUGGUCCUAUGGGCGUCGGUGCCGUCUUCUUAGCCAUGGUGGCCAAGGAACAAAUGGAAGUGAUCUAUCAUGAUGUGGAAGAACCGCCCGUCACGAUUGAAUUGAUUAAACCCGUCGUGUUAUUUAUUGUAUUAUCAUCUACUUUGGUUCAUGGUACAACUAUUCCAUUAUUUAAAAUUGGUAAUCGUAUCCGUACUCGUACCUUAUCCAUCGCCAGUACUGGUUCCGGUCAAGUGCUGCGUUUACCCAAGUUACAGUUUGGUCAGCAAAUUAACAUGAGACGAGAUGAAGCACAUAACCAGGAACAUGCUGAAGCCAUGUCACAAUUAAAGCGUAAUACUUUGCUUAAUACUAUCCAACAACAACAAUCACCUCAUCAUCCACAAUCUCAAGAUCAUACCAUUCAAAUGCAUGACGAUGACGAUUAUGAUGGUUUAAAUGAAGAGGAUUUCUUACCUGAUGAAUCCGAUGAAACCGAGGUCGGCGGUUAUGAUGAGUCGACAACACCAUCCAAUCCUGCUUUAAAUAUGCAACAGCAACAUCAUAUGCCUGCUGCUCCCACCACUGAAUCUCAGAGUAUUCGAUUCUUAGAACCUGUCAAUCCUAGAGCUGGAUCAGCGUCGCAGAAUAUGGACCGUAAUGAUGCUAGUGUAUCCAGUUUCCGAAGCUGGAUGAACCGUAACAAAGAGAUUAAAGAAGAACCUGGAACGGAGGACGUGGGAGUCAUUGCCAGUAACCCACCUGCUCAUAGUGGUGGAUUAAGGAACCUGUUCCGUCGACAUAAUAAGGAUAAUGUUGAAGACAAUGUACAGGCAGAUAUGCCACCUUCUGUACGUGUGACAUCGCCUGAUGACGAGGAAAAAGAACAGCACGUAGAACCCAUCACUGCACACCCCAGCACGCUUGACACAUUAAAAAACAUGUUCCCACAUCACCAUCAAGAACAGGAUACCAUUAUUGAUGUGGGACCAGAGAAACUGAGUCGUCGUAUUGAAGUAUGGGACGAACCUAACCAUGUGGUGAUUGAAGAUAAACGCGACGCUUCCUCUCAUUCUGUCAUUGAUAAGUCGGAUCCUAAUUGGAAAGUCUUGGUCAAGGAAAAGAUUAAUCAGCUUCAAUAUAUUAUUGAUAAUGAAGUGGAUGAAAAGCGUAGUUAAAAGAAAAAGGAAUCUCUCUCUCUCUCUCUCUCUCCCUUCUUCCUAUUGUAAAAGCAUACCUCCCCCUCCCCCUUUCUUUUUUUCUUUCAUACACAUUAUUAUAAUAUCAUAUUUAUUCUAUUACCAAAU